ACAAACUGAACGAUUAUAUUUUUGGUUAAAUUUCCACAGACGUAAAAAAUAUAAAAACAAUGUUUCGAUUUGUUGGAGCUCGAUAUUUGAAACUAAAUUUACCGUCGACACAAAAAUUUGAAUGUGUUCGCAAAAUAUAUGUAAAUUCUUGUGUGCAGUUGAAUAAGUCAAAAGCCGAAGAGUUAGCAGAAAGAAAGCGACGAGACGAAGAAUUUAGAUGGACCAGACUAUAUGUCUUCAAUGAUAUGAAAUGGUAUUCUAUCGUAACGAAGCUAAAACUCUAUUCAUAUGUUUCAACUCUAGUCUUAACCCCAGUGGCGUAUUUAAUUCAAUUGUCUGAAAAAAUUCCAGACGUUUCAGCAGUGCCUUGUUUGGCAAUUGGUCUCACUAGCGGCAUGAUUUUGACGGCAUACAGCAAAACGCUGGCGAAUACAGUUGGGAUAGUGUAUAUAUGUGGCCAAAAUAAAAACCUGCGAAUAGCCUAUAUCGAUUUUUGGGGUAAACAAUUAUUUGUCGAAACAACUGUUGAUGAAGUACGCAAAUGUCAAAAAAGCCCGGUAAAAUUUGGCCUAUACAAAACGAUACAAGUAAUCAAUGGCAAUGAGAAAAUAUCGCUGAAAAUUCCAUGGAAAAAUGUUGAAACAACAAAUACUAAACUAUUUCGGCACUUGUUCGGAAAGUAAAAACCUGAUAAAAAAAACCUAGUUGAUUGAAUAAAAAUGUUUUUGAGAUACAGAAA